AUUACAAUAACAAUCUCUUUUUUAAAAUAUCAUCUAAUGAUAUUGAUAAUGAAGAACCUACUUCAGUUUUUAGUUCUGAAAUAUCUAGCAGUAAUAAACAACAAAAAGUAUUCAGUCGACCUUUUAAUCCUAUUUGA